AGACGCCCAGCCCAGAGCGGAGGAGGGAAAAGAAUGGUGUAUUUAUAGAAAAACCAGGCCUUGCAAAACCCUUUUUGGAGAAGGAAUCAUUAAGGAGCCGAGGUGCCCGGGUGCAUGCGUCCCAGUUCUCUGAUUAACACUGCGAGCGCGAGGAGGCACCGGGGCUGAGAUGCAGCUCUGACUCCUCACAGAGAGAGCGCCUCGCUGCGGGUUCAGGGUGGACAAAUGGGGGGGGGGGGGGGGGGGCGAUGGUUUCACUUUGACAUUGGCUGGGUCCUCGUCCUUUUGACACAGCACAUCUGAGAAGACGCGUUUGACAUCUGGGCCGCUAGUCGAGAUGAAGAAGUUUUUGCAAAACCAAAAGGGGCGAUACUCUCUCCGCCGCGGCUCUCGCUGUCCGUCCAAAGAUUUCUUCCUCAGCAUGCCGUCGUCCAACCAGGCCUGGCCCGAUGAGUUCGGCUUCCAGCUGGGGGGCAACGGGCCCAGCUACAUCCUGUCCGUGGAGGAGGGCAGCAGCGCCCACCUGGCGGGGCUGCAGGCCGGGGAUCAGGUCCUGGAGCUCGAGGGCCACAACGUGUCCACGCUGCCCCCCCAAGCCGUCGUGGCCAUCGCGCAGACUCAGAAGAACAUCCCCCCCAGCAUCGGAGUGGUGUCCCGCAUUCAGCAGAUGGACAUCAUACCCGGGCCGGACGGGCGCUUUGGCUUCACCAUCGUGGGGGACUGCCCCCUGCUGGUGGAGGACUGCUCGCCCUGCUCCCCGGCCGGCCGCGAGGGCCUGAGAGCCGGCGACUACGUCAUGGAGGUCGACGGCGUCCCCGUCCGGCAGCACGAGGCGGCCGCGGCGAUGAUCAAGGCCUCCCAGGGGAGGACGCUGCGCCUGGGGGUGCUGUGUCUCGGGCCGAGGCAGAAACGCAGCCUCAGCGUCGAGGACAGUCAGACGGGGGCGGAGGGAGCGCCGCUGGACCGGAAACACAAAGCGCUGGAGUUCAACGCCAGGGUUGACCAGGUUUUGGGCGAGGAACCUGAAGUGAAGGAGAAGCUCUUCACCGCGCUGAAGCAGUACGCGGCCGAGAAGCGGGUCGAGUGGCUCGCCGCGGUCCUGCCCGACAUCCUCGCCAGCGACGACCACCGCCAGCUCAUCUCCAGCAUCCGAAUCUUCAUUCCCAAGAAGCACCGGCAGCGCUUCGACGACGCCGUGUCCCAGAACGUCAUCAACCGCCUCCGCCGCAGCAAGAGCAUCAGCGAGCCGCACGGCCGCGUGCGCCGCAGCCGCAGCGAGGACCACUCGGACCGCCGCCACGGGUCCAAGCGGGCCAGCUCGGUGCCCAGAGACGGGGAGCCGGGGGGGCGGCCGGAGGCGGAGAGAGACCGGGGCCCGAGUAAGUCCGUCCCUGGGGUACCCGCGCACCCCCCCAUCGGACCCAACCAGAGGAUCAUCCGUGUGUACCGGGGGAAGAAGAACUUUGGCUUCACGCUGCGAGGCCACGCCCCCGUCUGCAUCGACUCCGUCAUCUCCGAUAGCCCUGCUGAGGAAUGUGGACUGAAAGUAGGCCACCGCAUCCUCUUCCUCAAUGGACUGGACAUGAGGAACUGUUCCCAUGAGAAGGUGGUGUCCAUGCUGCAGGGCAGCGGGGCCAUGCCCACCCUGGUGGUGGAGGAGGGUCCAUCGGAUCACUCCUCGGACCAAAACGACCCGGAGGACUCUCCCAGCCUGGCCCCCGCGGCGGUGCCGCGCUCCAGGUCCCCGGCCCUCAGCUCCCUGCAGUGGGUGGCAGAGAUCCUUCCGCCCAGCAUCAAGGUCCACGGGCGGACCUUCAGCCAGCAGCUGGAGCACCUGCUGACCAUCCAGGAGCGCUACGCCGUCUGCAAGUCCCUGGAGACCUUCUUCCAGCACAGGAACGUGGACACUCUGAUCGUGGACGUGUUUCCCGUGUUGGACACUCCGGCCAAACAGCUGAUCUGGCAGUUCAUCUACCAGCUGCUGACGUACGAGGAGCAGGAGCGCUGCCGCGGCAAGCUGUCGCGCUUCCUGGGGUUCAAGAGCAGCGGCGUCUCGGAGCCUGACGGCGGGCCGGAGCUCCACCGGCGGAGCAGCUCGGUGCGCGUGACGGGCUCGUCGUACCGCGGCUGCGUCCGGGAGAGAAGCUCCGACGACUGCAUCAUCGGGACUCACCUGGGGAUGGGAAUUCAUGUGGAUGAAUCUGGGAGCCCGGAGGAGAGACAGUCGGGAGACGGGACCUCCUUCCCCGAGUCCCCCGACCUCAGUCACAUGACGGGCGUGUACACGGAGCUGGAGAACGUGUACGCCAGGAAGAGCGCGUCGCCGCUGCAGCGCGGCUCCUCGGCGGAGCCGGAGGGCCCGGGUCAGACCGAGGCCUACGGGCGCUCUCUCUCCCCCCUCACCCUCCCCCCCCUCACAGGGAGUCGUAAAUCGGGCCUGUCGCUGUCCUGGAAGGAGCCCCUCCCCACCCCCGUGUACGAGAUCCACCACCAGAGCAGCGUGGACUCCAACCCCUACGUCAGCCUGGAGAGCCCCCCCCCGUCCCCUCAGCACUCGGACGGCGGCCCCAGCACGCUCACCCGCCGCAAGAAGCUGUUCACCUUCUCCCGCCCGCCGCGCAGCCGCGACACGGACAAGUUCCUGGACGCGCUGAGCGAGCAGCUGGGCCACCGCGUCACGCUGGUGGAUGAGAACGACUACGAGGAGAUAUAUCACGGUGGUUGUCAUGGUUUCAGAAGAAGAGGGGUGCCUAUGAGUUUCCAGGAGGACCAGGACUCGGGCUUCCAGCCUCGCCGGCUCAGCAGCGGCAGCAGCGAGGACCAGAGCAGCGAGGCCUCCUCUCCCUCCUACUCCUCGGAGUCCGAACCCAUCCCGCCGCCUCCCACCCAGAGCCCCCCGCCGCCCCCGCCUUUCCAGGCUCUGAUACCGCCCCCCGUUCAGUUCACGGACCCCCUGCCGCCAGUCCGCUUCUCCCCUGAGCACGUCCCCCGCAGCCGCAUGCCCUUCCAGCCCCAACACCCCAUCAUCCCUCCUCCCCCGCCGCCUCCCAGGACCAUUCUGUCCAGCCGCUGCGCCGCGAACCAAGGCCCCCCCACGAGGGGCGAGGCAGAGCAAACCCCCCACCGCUAUCAGACCACCCGCCUGUCCCACGGCCACAACCCCCCGGGUUCCGGCACCCUGCGCUCCGCCCAGCCGUCCCGGCCCUGCUACCUCCCCCGGCAGCUCAGCCAGCCGCAGCCCCUCCUGCAGCCCUCCCCCCAGCCCUCCCCCCAGCAGCUGAGACCCAGCCAGCUGGUCCUGCAGAGACACCACCAGCUCCACCACCAACACAGCUACCAGGGCCCGCUGCCCCCCUCCCUCCGGGAUCACGGCUCGUCCACGUGUCAGAGCCAAGGCCCCCCGGCCUCUCACUCCACCCUCCCCAGUCACACCAAGACCUACGAUGACCCCCCCCAGCAGGCACUGCCUCCUCCGCCUCCACCCCUUCCUCCACCCUGUGACCCGCCUCCGCUGCCCAAGCCGGGCAACCAGGCCUCGGACACCACCCACAUGAGUGUGAAGAGGCUGCGCUGGGAGCAGGUGGAGAACUCUGAGGGGACGAUAUGGGGCCAGCUGGGAGAGGACUCCGACUGUGACAAGCUCACUGACAUGGUGAAGUACUUGGACCUCGAUCUGCACUUUGGGACUCAGCGGCAACCCAUCUCCCCUCCAGAGGCGGCCUUCCUGCCAGAGAACUUUAAAAAGAAGGACGUGGUGGAGAUUCUGUCUCACAAGAAAGCCUACAACGCGUCCAUCCUCCUGGCCCACCUGAAGCUGUCGUCCGGCGAGCUGCGCCAGGUUCUGAUGACCAUGGCGACGGAGCGUCUGGAGGCGGCUCACAUCAAGCAGCUGCUGCUCUACGCGCCGGACGACGAGGAGGUCGAGCGCUACGAGCGCUUCCAGCAGGACCCGGCCAAGCUGAGCGAGCCCGACCGCUUCAUCUUCCAGAUGCUGAUGGUGCCCGAGUACAAAACCCGCCUGCGGAGCCUCCACUUCAAGACCACCCUGCAGGAGAGGACGGAGGAGAUGAAGGUCGCCUACGAGUGCAUCUACAAGGCCUCCGUGGAGCUGAAGAGCAGCAAGAAGCUGGCCAAGAUCCUGGAGUUUGUGCUCGCCAUGGGGAACUACCUGAACAACGGGCAGCCCAAGAGCCACAAGACCACCAGCUUCAAGAUCAGCUUCCUGACCGAGCUGAGCACCACCAAGACCGUGGACGGGAAGUCCACCUUCCUCCACAUUCUGGCCAAGUCUCUGUGCCAACACUUCCCCGAGCUGCUCAACUUCUCCAGAGACCUGAGCACCGUGCCGCUGGCAGCCAAAGUGAACCAGCGGUCCGUCACGGCAGAGCUGAGUGACCUCGGCUCCACCAUCCUGGACAUCAGGAAGGCCUGUCUGAAGAUCCCGCCCACCCCCGAGGACCACUUUGCCUCCGUGAUGAGCAGCUUCCUGGAGAACAGCCACCCUGCCAUCCAGUCUCUGGAGUCCCUGCAGACUCAGGCCAUGGAGGAGUUCUGCAAGGUGGCCUCCUUCUUCGGGGAGGACGGACAGUCCGCCAACACGGAGACCUUCUUCGGCAUCUUUGCAGAGUUCAUGUGCAAGUUUGAGCGAGCUCUCACUGAGACCCAGACUGCAGAAAACCCCCGAAGUCCCAGGCUGUCCUCCCCCCUGGCCUGGUGAAGACCUUCUAAAGGCCUGGUGAAGACCUUCUAGAGGAUCCAUUCAUCUGUAGAUAACGAGUCAACAGGCACAUUUACAUCUUUAAUACAAACGGCACAGCGAUGCUAAAAGGUGAUGAAACAUUUUACCAGAUCACCUGUUUAAUAUAUGACAAUAUAAAGUUUAUAUUUUCUAUCAGAUCAUAUUUGAGAAGUGUAAAGAUUGGGCGUAGAUGUAGACAGUCUCCUAGAGGCAGGUGAUCCACCAGUGUAGUUCAAGUUAGCGUGUAGUUAGCACGUAGUUAGCGUGCACAGAGAUUUAGAAACCGACUUUUAUAACUUCAAACAAAUGGAGACCCGCAACAGAUUUUAUUCUUUGAAUAAUUCCAAAUUUAGUGGUAUUUAAAUCCAACAUCAAGUGUUUGUUGUCACAAUUAUCUCCGUAGUAGCUUCUGCUCGUUAAUGUGUUCAUAGAAGGACUCGUUAGCCAUCUUACUGCUAACCAGUGAAGGUUCACACGAGGUCACAAGGUCACGCUCCUUUAAGGCCUCCAGUCCGGCGAGUGCUGGUCACAUGACCCCGGAGGCCAUCAGCAUCAUCAUCAUCAUCAUCAUGGGGGUUCCUGGACAUAUUUAUUUAUUCCGAUUUGUCGGGAAGAUGAUGGCGAGCUUGAUGUUUCUACCCUCACGUCGUAUUUGCUGCUUUUCUGGUCGUCAUGGUGAUCCGUUGCCUCCCCCAGCAUGCAGCGUGUUGUAACUGUUGUUGGGGGGGGGGGGGGCGGCAUUCAGCUCUUGUGUUUUCUUAUUGACGUCUGAAGUGACCCAUGUGAGUUCUCGCAUGUUGUUAACGUGUAACGUGUGCAGCGGGCAGCAUGCCCCUCCCUCAGUAUUUAAGAUUAAAGCAAAGUAUCUUC